GGCGGGGGGCCGGGGGAGGCGGUGCGCGGGGCUGGAGCCUGCGGCCCCGGAGCGGAGUCCCUGUCCGUCUCAUUACGGAGCACGUUACGCAGCCCCUCCAAACUGGCCACGGACACCCGGGAGCCCCUUCCCCCGGCUCCUCCAAACAUACUAGCGCUGCUGGAUGAGGGCAUCUUGGCGAGAGAAGUGGUUAGGAAGAAGGGAUGGUGGCGCAGUAGUAGUCACCUGAUGGAUGCAAAGGAUACAGGUGAGUUUUAUACCUGCUUUUUACCCUCAAAUCCGCCCCAAUGGUGCCAUUGGCUCCUGAAUCCAAGCCCUAGCCCUGGCCAAACCGGUUCUGAGGAGAAAUUCAAGAAUUUCACGUUGACCUCCAGCACUCGGACCCCUCUGAUUGGACGCAGGAGCAGCUCUGAGGAGGUGAUGGGUGGUUCCGUCCAGGUUAAAAGCAGGUGUUGCAGGGCUGAGGGUGUUUUCCCUCUCACCUGUUCAGUCAGACCCCAGCUCGCCUUUGCAAUCGGCACGAUGUCUAAGGCAAAAGAUUACAGCAGCCAGACCUACAGCCCCGGCAGCGGGGGGCCAAUAAAAAGCCAACCGACCAACAGGAUCGACUCCUCGGGAAAAUCUAAGGAGAAGGAGGACAUGGUCGGGCUCAAUGACAAGUUCGUCCAGUUGAUUAACAAGGUGAAAAACCUGGAAAAUGAGAAGAAGAAACUUGAGACAAAACUCAAGAUCCUCAUGGACCAGGAGGACUACGACGCAAAAGUAGAUGAGAUUGCGAGGCAGCUGGCCAACGAGCUGGAGCAGCAGAUCGAAAAUUUACUCCGAGACCAAGAGAAACUGAGGGAUGACCUGGACAGGAUCGAAAAUGUGGUGGAGAACACUAAAGAGAGUUAUGAGGACGAGCUGAAGAAGAAAACUGAGUUGGAGAAUGACUUUAUUGUCACCAAAAAGGAAGUAGAUGAAGGACACCUGGCAGCUGUGGAGCUGGCUCUAGAACUGGAGGACCAGAUGGGAAAACUGGACUUCCUCAGGGCGGGCUAUGAUGAGGAGAUCAAGGAGCUGGAGUCACAGGUCCAGAAUGAGACGGUGAUUCUACGGGAAAAUGACAAGCGGUCCCUGGACAUGGAAGAGGUUGUCAAGUCCAUUGAGGCUCAGUAUGCCAACAUGGCCACCCGCACCAGAAAUGAAGCGGAGAUGUGGAACCAGAAGAAGAUGGACGUCAUGGUCUUAAACGCUGGACAGCGUGAACAGGAACUGCGUGACAUAAAGAGGGAGAUCUCUGACACUUUGCGCUACAUCCAGAGACUGAAAGCAGAUCUGGAUGCUCUGAAGAGAAAGGAAAACGCCCUGAAGAAGGAAAUUGACGAGGUUAGAAAAGAUGGUGAUGAAAACCUCAACAAGGGCCGAGAGCACCUCAACCUGCUGGAGGAGGCCUUGAAGCAGGCCAAGCAGGAUUUGGUCUGGCAGAUUCGCGAACACCAGGAGCUCCUGAACCUCAAGCUGGCUCUGGACAUCGAGAUCGCCACCUAUCGCAAGUUGCUGGAGGGCGAGGAGCAGAGAAUGAACGACCUGAUGCGCUACUCAGAUAUCUAAAAAAACAAACCAAACAAUCCAAGUCCUUGCUUGCAUACAGACGUUCACCGACCAGAGGAGCUACAGCCGCCAGAGAAGCCUCAACCUGCAGAGCCUACCACAGUUCCAGCUCCCAGCAUAGCCCCAGGCACCACCAUUACCCCUCCAACUUUCCCCAUCUCCAAGAAGCGCCUGCUGAUCCGGGUGGAGGUGGAAGCGGGCAGAGUCGUGUCGGAAAGCUCUCAUUACGCUGACUGAUUGACUGCAUCAUUUGAACACAUCCCCAUAAAAUGUGAAAGCAUCUAUUUGAUCUAAUUUAAACUAAACUGAACUAGCCGAAGUAAUAAAUUAUGCUCUUGCUGUGUGUGCCUUCUGGCAGAGUGAACGUCUGAAAAGCAGCUUGUGUUUGUUGAGUUUGAAUGUUUUACUCAAAUCUUCAUUUUUGUUUAUAUUGAGAAGCGUUUUUUUUCUUCUCUAUCUUUGUUUACAUUUGUAGAGCUUUCUGGUGCUUCGUGUCUUUUUUUAGGUUUAUUCCAGAUGCUUCACUGCACUGUCCCCGACUUCAAUGCAGUUAUUUCUUUAUGGCUGAAAACCAGCCAUGUUAAUGUUUUUGAAACAAGGAGCCAUUUCCUAAAUGAUUAUGCACAAGUUCAUCCUGUUCCUUCCUCCUCCUCCUUGUCCUCCUCCUCCCUUGGUUGUCUUCUGUCUUUAUUACAAAUACACAUAUGCAUGAUAUAAUGAUGUGGAAAAUGUAUCAGUGGAAGGGAAAACCAGACAAGGCAGACAUCCUCUGACCCCUGUUCUCCUAAUGCCCCAAUAGUUCAAGCCUUGUCUGCUCUUUAAUGCAAUUAAACAUGAUUUUCCUCCUGAGCUUUUCUCUGCCUGGCUUCCUCUUUUCCACCCAUUCAUAAGAAGUACACAUUUAAACCCACUUCUUUUCAAUUAGUUCUUCUUGUAGAUGUUCUGCAUAUGAUCAGGCCACAAACGUAAAAUCAGUUUGCCCUAAAUGGAACAACAAGGAGUACUUAUUUCCUAUUUAAAAAAUGUUAUCAUAAUAUUCAGAAAUCUUUACUCUCAUAUCUUUUAUAUCCAUGUUUUUUUAUGUCAGCCCAUUUUUCACCUUGCCUCUCUCCCGUGCAUGUUUUUGAUCUUGUUGCGGAGGCUAAUCUCUUCUUGUCUUUUUGAUGUAUUACCGGCUCAGCCUCCAGCCCUCUCCCCUCUUCAGCUUGCAUACCAGAAUAUAGAUAAACACUAUCGAGGGAAGUAGGAGUAAACAUUGCAUGCAAGGGGGCUUGACAAGUGAAAAUCUACAGCCAGUCGCACUUAAUGUUCUGAGCAGGCCGCACAAUGAGAAAUGAGGAUGCAAUGUGUGCCUUCGAGAUGCAUUUUUGGGAUGUACAAUGUGGACACAAUGACGCCAUUUGUAAUUACCCUUCAGACCACUGGAGGAAUAAUUAUGGCUGCAAUUAAACCCCAUUUGUCUGGGAAAUUUUGAUCUCCUAUAAUCUAAUUUGUGUACAGAGUUUCUCAUUUGUAAAAAGCAAAACAACAACAACAGGAAACGAGAGCAGAUCCAGUACCCGGUAUUGAUUUUGC